AUGUUUACAGGAAGUGACAUGCCAAAUGAUCACGCACGCAGUCAGUCUGAAGAAGAGGUACCUAUAACAAUGCAAAGUAACGCAGAUUUCAAUGCAGUGCAACAGAAACUUGCUGUCAAGAAACCCUUCUACAAGGGAAUAUUCAAGUACGUACUUCGUUAGGCUUUUGGCUUGUCAAUGCCUAUUAAAUGGUGUUACUUGGUUCACUAGUGUCUAGCUUGGGGGUACACCCUUCUCUCCUCUCUCGCCGCUAGGGGAAUAACCCAAGCAGUGAAGAGCGAGGACAGACGGCUGUAUUCGCGGGCUUUUUCUGGCUGUUUCCGCCUUGUCUGGUAGAUAUACGCCCUUAUAAUCUGUUCUAAACUCUUUUCAAAGAGUUCGCCAUGCAAGGUGGCAGGUGAAUACCUUGAAUAAUCUGGUAAUGGUUCAGGACCUACACUUCACAAGAAUCUUUCUCUUUCUGAACCGCUGCUCGUGGGGGUGGACUCGUUGAAGCGUGGAUGCCUGAACCUGCCAACAUAUCCCAUCGCUGUCCAUCGCUUGGGGCGUUUACAAAAUUCCGUGUUGUGAUCUGGAGAAAGGUGAAAGUGGCAGUUCAUAAUGUCAGGUGGAAAUGGCGCACAUCCCCUUGUGAUCAUUUGUGGUCAGCAGCUUUGAUUGCUAACAGCUGAAGACGGGUGGCGUUCUUCUUCUUUUACCAGCCAUCUUCUGUAAUUUACCACUAACGGUCUGGAGGAAAUUACUUUCCCUUGAUCUUAUGCGUAUUUUGAGUAUUUUAAGAGGUGACAAAGUCAAGCAUUUUAUCUUUACUCACUUUUCAGGACUGGAAAAGAAAGGAAAGGCGAUAACAAUUUAUCAGACAGCGAUGGCCUUUUCUUCAAGCACACGUAUAAUAGAGAAGUACUGAUCGAUUUUCCCCCCGAGCAGCGUACUCGACAGGUUGUCAAUCACUACGGGCAAGAAAAACCCUCCGAACGCGCGAAUAGGCUGCUGACUCGCAGCAAAAAGAAACACGAUGUCAGGAACAAAGGCUACGACGAAGAAGGACCAGCUAAGAUGUUGAACGUCGGAAGAGUAACAGUAACUGCGCCUACUAGGGUUUAAUACGCAUGACUUUUUGUCAGGUACUCGUGAAUUUAGAUUUGGAACUCGUGAUAGUUGAAUACAAAGUAGAUUGACUGUUUUCGCUCCAAAAGAUUUUGCGCUCUUUGUUUUUAAGAAAUCAUUUACAUCACCACGAAACUGUGAUACUAAGCUUAAGCUUAAGCAAUAGCUAAUGAUAUUCAAGAACUUGCAGAGCCUUUUUAUUUUUGUCUAUAUGUCCUACGAAAAGUCCUCUUGAAAUUGUAAAUAAACCAAAAACAAUUUCUUUUAUUAAUAUAGUUCUUGAAGCCCAGAGUGAACGAGGAAUAUUUUGAUGCCUUUCAUCAACUUGUAAUUUCUUACACGCAAAAAAGUUUCAGUUCUCGUUAUUGUCUUGUCCUUUCAUCGUUUUUCUCCGGGCUUGUCGAGUCUUAGCGAUUGUACUGCAGAAACCCGUUUACUCGAAGCAUUGUCGUCCUAAAUGUUCUAGCGAAAAAAUCUGAUUUGUAUGGACGGGAUUUCUAGCUAGUGGUUAGGGUUUUACAGUGUACUUCAGUUUCAAUAGAGCGGUUUUCAUUUGAGUAUCGUAAAACCAAAACCAAAGUAAUUACUCUAGCCAAUCACAAAGGACACAGACAAAACAGUGAACCAAUUAAAA